UUUGACGUUUAUUAAUAUGAUUAAAAUAAUUUGUUUAUUUUUCUAUAUAUUUUUAUAAUAAAAUUAGUGAGAAGAAGCGUUCGUAAUAUUGUGCAGAUUCCUGUCGUCGUAACGGGCGCGUCCGGACCUGCCGGCCAACAUUCCCACUUCCUCGGCAGGUCAAACCUGGAAUGGAUGAAAAGCGGUCAUCAGUGUACAGGUGUUUUUAAAUGUUUAUUUAAUGGUGUCGUGAAUUUUAGUUACAACAUACAGGUUGAUGGAAGCUAACAUACACGGAAGGAAUAGACCAGCAAGCGGACGGUGAUCAUGGCUAACACUGCUGCUGAGAAUGAGGCGGAUUCAGGCAGUGGUGUGGCCACGACGCACGCGAAACUCGACUUCGAUGCCGAUCAGACCGACGGCGUCGAAACCGUUACGGGCUCGAACGCGUCGAAUUGCGACAGCAACGACGCGACGGCCCUCAAAUGCACCAAGUGCGGCUUCGAGGCCGCCACGCCGGCCGCCCUCGCCACCCACGUCACUAAAGUACACGCCACCAGCGAAGUCGAAAUGGAGAUAGCUCAGGGACUCUUGGGGCAUAAUAGCCACCAUUCUUCUGCAAAUACAGAGCACUCUUUCACUAAAGUAAACACCACUAGCGAAGUCGAAAUGGAGGUCGAAACGAACAACAACCCUCCGCCGGACCGAGGCCACCGCAAGAUGUUCGAGUGCGACGUGUGCAACAUGAAGUUCUCGAACGGCGCGAACAUGCGUCGUCACAAGAUGCGCCACACCGGCGUCAAGCCGUACGAGUGUAGAGUUUGCCAGAAGCGGUUCUUCCGCAAGGACCAUCUGGCCGAGCACUUUACGACGCACACCAAAACGCUGCCGUACCAUUGUCCGAUCUGCAACAGGGGUUUCCAGCGGCAGAUCGCCAUGCGGGCGCAUUUCCAGAACGAGCACGUCGGCCAGCACGAUUUGGUCAAAUCGUGCCCGUUGUGCAGCUUCCGGGCCGGCUCCAUGAAGAGCCUCAGAAUACAUUUCUUCAACAGGCACGGCAUCGAUCUGGACAAUCCGGGUCCGGCCGGUUCGCAAGCUUCCCUCAUCGCCGCCGCCGCUCAACAGAGCUUCGCUUUGGAAGGCACGAUGAAUUCGCUCAACCAGCUGACGGGCAGCCUGUCCGUCAGCGUGACGGGGACCAACUACAGCGAUUCGGGCGAUUCGACGGGCGCCCGAUCGACGGACAACGCGACGCCGCCCAUGCACUUUCUCACGCCGCACGUCGAGAUAUCGAUGACGGACGCGCCGGUGCCCGGCUUUCCUUCAUCCCCUGGUGAUAACCAGAACUCCAAUCAGGCCGGUCAAAGCGGUGACGCGCAGAGGAUGAACGGCGAUUGUCCGAAUUCGCCGCAAUCGGCCGAUUCGAAUUCCAACGCGCCGUCGAGCAGCCACAUACAGCCCAACAGUUUGCGGAUGGAACAGGAGACCAACAUCACGCCGUCCAUAUCGCUGAUACCCAUCAAACAGGAACCCGGAGAGGAAUACGAAAGUUCGAAGAGAAACGGACCGUCGAAUUUGAUCACCUCACCGUCCGGUAGUAUUCAAACGGCGACGUCGAGCAGCCUGAGCUCGUUGAUCAAAGUGUCGCCGCUGAAGAGCCUGCUCAGGGACGAUCUCAAGCGGAAGAUAAUAUCUAGGAGCGGUUCGAGCGGUCGGGGGCGGUCCACCGCCUCGCCCGGCGCCACCUCCGAAUCGGCCAACGAUUCGGCCACCAACGGUACCAUCACUUCGACGGGGCCGGAACAACCUUCGGACUCGUCGCUUUGGAGGAGCUUGAGUAAAAGGUCGCUCAACGGUCUGCAGUGCAUAUUCUGCGGCAUCGGAUUCCCCGAUCAGACGCUCUACUUCCUGCACAAGGGCUGCCAUUCGGACGCGAAUCCCUGGAAGUGCAACAUUUGCGGCGAGCAGUGUUGCAACGUGUACGAAUUCAAUUCGCAUCUGUUGAGCAAGAGCCACCAGUAGAUGGCGACGGUGUCGUUUCGCUGCGGAACAGCCUGUUUAUUAUUAUUAUUAUUUUCUACUAAUUUCUUUGGUUGUUUCGAUAAUGACUUUUUUUUUAUAAUUUCUUUUUUGCCGGAUGGUUCUGUGUGGAGUAAGGAAGGUUUCGUCGGGGGACCAAAGAAUACGAGAUGUCGGAAUCGGUUUUUGACGGUUUAUACUUUAGGUUUACGAAGCUCUCACUUCUCGUAAGUUUAGCCUUUAAUUAUCAUUUACAAGGAUUUAUCAGCGUAAUUUUGUUAAAUAUUUUUAAUUCCCUUUAUUGUACAUAAACUUUUUCCAUGCUGGUUUAUUUAAUUGAAGUUGAUAUUGUCGUAAAAUGCUUCGAAGCAAUAAUUUAUUGGUACUGAAUUUACAAAGGGAUUGAUAUUUCGGUAGUUUUUAGUGGAAUUUUUUAUCUCGUACAACCAUAUCGGAAAGUUUAUUAGCGAAUUCGUUGUUAUUGUUAACGGGAAUUGUUAGACCAAGUGCCUACUGUGAAUUUUACCAUGAUAUAAACUUUAGAUUAAACAUGAAUUUAUGCCAUGGCGUUGAUCGUUGAUCAACAUAAAUAAUAUCAUGACGAUUUUAAAACGAACAUUGUGCCUACAAGAAGGCCUUAUGAACCUAAUCAAUUGCUCUAAUUAUCCGUCCAUUGUUAAAAAAAGUAUACUAUAUAUUUGUUAAAAAAAGAGAUAUUUCCUAUAUAUAAAUAUGUUUUCCUCGAAGAAAAUCAAAAUAUUGCCUUAAGCGGCUCUCUGAAUGUCACGAAAUAAUAACGGGUGAAAAAUCACUAGAAACCCUUUUACAUUUACAAAAUAAAUAUUUUUUAAUUAUGUAUUAUUGAAAUUAUGUCCCUUUUUUAUUAUAUGAAGAGCUCGUUCGAUUAUAAUUUUAUUCGAUUAUAUUUUAUUUCUAUUUUUGUGUGAUUUUUGCUGGACUUUUUUCACCCUACUUUAUUUAUGACAUUCUAGUUAGCCAUUUUGUUGUCUAGUAUAUUAAAGUGAACAAACAUUCCAAAAAAAAUUGUUGGAUUAUACACGAGACAUAACGAUUGCGUUGCGUACGGAUUUAAUCGAAUCCAAAAAGAUUUUAUUAGCAAUAAUAUCGAUUCCAAUUGUUGAUUGAUUUCGGACGUAACUCGCACGUAUACAAAUAGGUUUCUAUUAGUUUUUUUUUUUUUUAGAAUUUAGUAGACCAUUGUUGAUAGUUGGAAAAAAUGUAAUUAGCCUUUAAUAUUCUGUUCGUACAUUCCAUUCGAGAUAAGUUUACUAGUUUGAUUGAAAAUUUUGGAAAUUUUUAAUCGUAACAUAAGGGAAGAACGCAAUAAAGAGAUAUAUCAAAUUUUAUGUGAAAUUCUCGAUACUUAAAUACCGCAAUAUGAGAAUUUAUUAAUUUUAAUAGCGGUAUUGAAAUAUUUAAAUAACUUUGUAAUGUUUGAUGUAUUUCUUGUUAAUACAAUUCCAUCCCACAUUGCAAUAUAUAGUGUAUACUAUAAUAAGCCGAAUAGCCUAUUGCUUAAUAUUUUGUAUUAAUUUUCGAUUAUUUUGUAGUGAUUGAUUUUUGAGUUUGCGAAAAAAGCGAAGAGAUGCCUAUGAAGCAGGAAGUUUAGUUCUGCGAAUAAAGGAGAAUCACUUCGCUUAUUUUUGUAGUGUAUAUUUAGUUUUCUUUUGGAUAUUUUCCGGAUUAGCGAAGAAUAACUGGACUCUAAAGGCAUUCUUUUUUUCAUUUUUUGUAAGUUCAAAUUCGGACCAUUCGUAUUUAGUUACUACUCUUUAUCCUAGAUUAUAAAAUAUUUCCUAUAUUAUUAGUUCUAACCUAAUGCAUUCCAUCUUAUUAAGAUGUGAUUAAGGAAAUUUACCUAUUUUAUAUUUAUUUUUAUUUUAUUUAUACAUAUGCAGUUUGUAAAUCACUUGUUUUUUUGGUGCGAGGGGUA